GGCGUGGAGACCCGCCGGCCGCUGAGCAUGUCGGCGCGGGCGCGGAGCAGCUCAGAAGAUAAAAUAACAAUCCACUUUAUAAACCGUGAUGGUGAAACAUUAACAACCAAAAGAAAAGUUGGUGACCCUCUGCUAGAUGUUGUGGUUGAAAAUAAUCUAGAUAUUGAUGGUUUUGGUGAGUGUGAGGGAACCUUGGCUUGCUCCACUUGUCACCUCAUCUUCAAAGAGCACAUACUCAAGAAGUUAGAACCAGUCGCUGAUGAUGAGAAUGGCAUGCUUGAUCUGGCGUUUGGGCUAACAGAUCACGUUUGAGGUGCCAAAUCUGACAAGAUAAAUGGACAGUAUGACUUUCCGAGUACCUGACGCAGUGGCCGGUGCCAGACAGCCCAUUGACGUGGGCAGGAACUCCUAAACUAGAAUACAUAGGAUACUUUAAUGAAAUUUUACCUAUUGUUGUAAUUAUUAUUUCUUAAUAUAAGGAAAUGAGAACAUGGAUGAAUGCCUUUAUUAUUAGGACUAGCUUUAUUAGUUUAAUUCACCUUGUGU